GCGUGGAUUUGGAUUGAGGGUGGAGGUGGGGAGUCACUGGAGAAGACGAAGAAUAAACAAAGAGCAGGAGGAGAACUGGGGACAUGGAUGCCUUAGCACUAGAAGCCACUGGUAGUAAAAGGGCAAGCACUGCGGGGUUGACUGCCCCACUGCCAAGUCAAGCUUCGACGAAACGUAAACCUGCCAAAAAAGCUAAAAAAGCUGUUGUCUUUUUUGAGGUGGAGAUACUGGACGCCAAGACCAAGGACAAGCUCUGCUUCCUGGACAAGGUCGAGCCAAAUGCCACCAUUGGGGAGAUCAAAUCCAUGUUCCACAAGAGUCAUCCUCAGUGGUAUCCAGCCAGACAGUCCAUCCGUCUGGACCCAAAGGGGAAGUCUCUGAAGGAUGAAGAUGUUCUGCAGCACCUUCCCGUGGGAACCACGGCAACCUUCUACUUCAGGGAUCUGGGAGCUCAGAUCAGCUGGGUCACAGUUUUUCUGACAGAAUAUACAGGCCCUCUGGUCAUCUAUCUGAUGUUCUACUUCAGGGUUCCCUUCAUCUACGCGUCUAAAUAUGACUUCACCACCAGUAAACACUGGGUUGUACAUCUUGCCUGUAUGUGUCACUCCUUCCACUACGUUAAGAGACUCUUGGAGACGCUGUUUGUCCAUCGCUUCUCUCACGGAACGAUGCCGUUGCGAAACAUCUUCAAGAACUGUACCUACUACUGGGGCUUUGCAGCAUGGAUGGCCUAUUACAUCAACCAUCCAUUAUACACACCUCCUAUUUAUGGAGAGCAACAGAUCAGACUGGCACUCAUCAUUUUCUUGUUCUGCCAGAUCGGUAACUUUUCCAUCCACAUCGCUCUGCGGAACCUCCGUCCUCCAGGCUCUAAAACCAGGAAGAUUCCCUAUCCUACCAAGAACCCCUUCACCUGGAUCUUCCUUCUGGUCUCCUGCCCCAACUACACCUAUGAGCUGGGCUCCUGGCUCGGGUUCACGCUGAUGACCCAGUGUCUGCCGGUGGCCUUCUUCACCUUGGUGGGCUUCGUCCAGAUGACCGUCUGGGCUAAAGGGAAGCACCGCAGCUACCUGAAGGAGUUCCGUGACUACCCCCCUCUCCGCUCACCCAUUCUCCCCUUCAUCCUGUAGAGGACCUGAGGGGAUGUUCCCUGCUCCAGAAUCCUCACUGGAAACUUAAGACUGAUAGAAUUGGCGCCUGUGCCCCCCCCCACUUUCCCCCCAUGCCGUUUGUGUUCAGUGAAAAUGUCAAACCCUAGAUUAGCUCGUUUUUUGUAUUGCAGACAAACAAAUGAUUCUAUUCUGACUGGUUAACUGAUUUUGUUUCAUCUUCUAAACUUAAAGUCCUGCAGUAAAUUAGAGCUUCUCUUUAUGACCCCAUUCUAAAUGUUUUAAUUUAAAUGUCCUUGAAUCUAAAAUCUGAAACUGACAGAAUGGAAUUUUGUUGUCUGAGGUAAUUUAUUAAAAAAAUAAACCAAA